AUGCAAAAUCUAAAGAUUGCCAUCAUUGGAGCUGGGCCAGCUGGCUGCACGCUCGCCCGACUUCUUCACCUUGGGGGCAUUCAAGCCACCAUAUUCGAAGGCGAGGCCUCUGCCAAUGUUCGCUCCCAAGGCGGAACCCUGGACUUGCACACCACUUCCGGUCUGGCAGCCGUUAAAGAAGCUGGCUUAUGGGACAUUUUUCUGUCUCAUGCGCGGUACGACGGCCAAUACAUGGCCAUUGCCGACAAGGACCUUCACUAUUACAUCGUCCGAGGUGCCGACACUGAAUCAAAUGUCGCUUUCGGCGAACGUCCAGAGAUUGAUCGCGUGAAGCUUAGAGAAAUCUUGCUCGACUCCCUCCCCGAGGGCACCGUGAAAUGGGGGCAUCGCCUGCAGAAGGUCGAGGGCAGCACUUUGACCUUUACCAAUGGAACCACCGCCAGUUUCGACCUUGUUAUCGGCGCUGAUGGUGCUUUUAGCAAAGUUCGUUUGUCUAUUGCGCCAGAGCUACAGCCGGAAUACACAAGAGUGGCAAUGCACGACAUCUCCAUCCCUGAUGCUGAAAAGACUGCCCCUGAGAUUUACAAAAUCGUCAACCGUGGAAGUAUUUUUGCUAGUGCGGACGGUCAACGGUUUACUCUUCAGCAAAUGGGCGACGGCAGCAUUUCUAUGGGAUUUAGUUUCGUGCGCGAGGAUCCAGACUGGAUGAAGCCUGAAAAGUGUGGCUACGAUUCCGAAAACCUCAUCGAAGUGAAGAAGGCAUUGACGAAAGAGUUGGAGCAUUGGGGCCCUCAAUUUCAUCAGGCUCUAGAAGCUGCUCAAGGGCGAACAACGGCCAGGUCUCUGUGGCGGCUGCCCAUUGGACAAAAGUGGCAGCACAAGUCUGGUGUCACUCUCAUUGGUGAUGCAGCACAUUUGAUGACGCCUCAUGCCGGUGAAGGAGUCAACCAAGCUCUCGAAGAUGCCAUGAUACUUGCUCGAGUGAUCCUCAAGGCUCAGAGCACCGAAGAGCUCGACGAACAGAUCCGCGGAUUCGAGUCCGACAUGAUAGCUCGUGUCGAAACGAUUCAGCAACUGGCUUGGGACCGCUGUCAGGGCUUGAUGUUCUCCGAGGGUGUGCCAAAGACUCUUGUUGACAAGGUGAUGCAGCAUCGGAAGAAGCAACUGGCACAGGGUAAGACCGCAGAGGAGCUCAAGGCAAUGGAUGAAGCCAUGGCCAAGGCCAAGGCAGAAGCUGAUGCUAUGAACCGAACCUAA